ACAACCGGCAAACUAAAGUGAAACGGCACAAAGGCACAAAGUUCUUCGAUCCGCCGUGAGGAAGAACGGCGCGUCCGUGACAGUGUACGUAGAGAAGUCCGUCAACAAAGAGAAAGACAAACAUGGGUCCUGAUGGAAUGCUCUUCAUAUUUGCGCUCUUGGAUGAAGGCGCUCUACUCUUCUUGGCAGUAUAUUUUGUUAUUACACUAUCUGAUCUGGAGUGUGACUAUCUCAAUGCAAGGGCCUGCUGUGACAAGCUGAAUUAUUGGGUGGUCAUGGAGCUGAUCAGUCACAAUGUUUUAUCUCUACUCUUGCUUCUGAGCGGUCAUUGGAUUCUCUUUCUCAUGUAUGCACCAAUUGGUGCAUGGCUUACAUUUAAAUUUGUGACGAAGCCCUCUGGAAACAUCGGGAUGUUUGACCCAACAGAAAUCCACAAUCAGAAGCAUUUGAAGCAAUACAUGAGGGAAAGUUUGGUUCGCCUUGGCUUUCAUCUUGUAUUCUUUUUUGUCUUCCUGUACUGGAUGAUCUACUCCCUCGUGAAGGGGCACUAGAGAUGCAGCUCCCAGAUUACCUGAGAAUGAUGUGCAUGCUGUAUUAUGUGUGUGUGUGUUUGUAAAUGAGCAUAAUAGAAUUACCUAAUGAGAAUCCAUGUUGUAUCAUAUUGUUCUCACAUUACCCACUUACAUAUGAAGCAUUCUUGAAGUUUGGUUGAAAUACUUUUCUUGAAUGAAAGUUGAUUGGCUAAGUUUUGUGUUUUCAUAUUUUUCAAUGUGGACAUAUUCAGAGAUAAAAGAAAAAAAUGAAUGGUUCGAGAAAUAUUAUAUCAAGGAGAGUGUGCAGCCUUUCGUUAUUUUGCACACGUUGGUGUUAGAAUAUUGAGGGAUAAAACUGAGAAAGUCUGGCAACAGAUUUGGAGCCUCGUUUAUUAUGGCAUCAUGGCUAAGCGAUGAACACAUUACAUCUUUAUUGUGUAUGCGCCUGAUGGGAUGAAUUGAUUUUGUUUUGUUUCUCCUUUGCAGUGGAAUGUUUUGCUUCUGUUGACUUUGCUUGUUUAAUUUCAUGACUGGAAAAUGUACGGUUGAACCUGUCCAUAGCAAUCACUCAAGGCCACUGAUAAAAAUGACCCUUUAGACAGUUGGCUGCUUUGGACCUGAUAUGAGUUAUUGUCACUUACUAGACUUGGAAAAAUCAAUAGAUGGUUUCAGAUCUGAAAUCUUAAUUUUUUCUUUCCAUUUCGUUUCCAUCAAAAUUGUUAUCUAUUGUAAAGGCUUUUGUGCAAUGAUUGAAAGUGCUCUCUCAGUCUGAGGACUUGUAACAAAUGGCCACAAAGAGCAGAUAGAUGCUGAAUUGCCGUAAAAACGACCGACAGGGGCCGCGUUGGACAGGGGCCGCUGUGGACAGGCUAAAAAGAAUAUAUCAGAAAACCACAAGGGAGUCACAGAAAAGUUGCCAUUAGUACAGAUGAUCGCUAUUGAGAGUUGACCUCUUGGGCAGGUUCGACGGCAUAUUUUGUAUUGUAUAUCUUCAUUUUUAAUCAGAUACAAUGGAGUCCACUGAAACCGAACACUUUUAAUCCGAAAACAGCUGUGCGCUCCAUGAAAAUAGAAUCCUCUUUUUUUGGUCUUCUUUGCCCUUGUGCCCAGCCUAUGAGUAUGGGAUGUAUAUUAUAUAUCACUGGCAUUGGGCUUUUUCACAUCUUCUCUAGGCUAGUUCAAAGCUCAGUACAGAGUGCUUUGUGUUCUGUGUUACUGUUUGAUUAAGUAAGCUGACUAUGUUGAAGAGAAAGCACUGCUCAAAGUGCAGUUACUGAAAGAGGUAAAUGAGAAAUUUUUAAAAAAGUGAAAUUUGCUGCAAGCAUGGCAUUCCCAACUCUACAUUGUGGACAGUUAUCACUAUUUGAGCAACCUCUCUCAACUGAAAACACAGCUAAACCGAACAAAAUGCGGCAGCCUUGCAGAUUUCAGUUUAGAGGGCUCCACUGUAGUUCUGUUUUAGAGUCUACCAUUGCUUUCUUUUUGUCCCACUUUUCAUUUGUUUCAGUGUUCAGAUCUGCACUUAUUAUUGCUUUUGAGUUAUGUUUCAUGUGAACUGUUUGUUGAUUCAUACAUGUUGUUUAUUAUGUUUUCUCUUUUUACAAGUCUUAGUAAGGUGGACAGGACGACAUCUAAGGGGUAAAUACUUAAUCCUUGAGGCUUUAUGUGCUUUCAGUUUGGCGGGUUUAUUGAUACAAUUUGCCAAUGGUUUUUAUUUUGACUCUGGUGUCUGUGAUGAAACUGGUUGUAGAACAUUUUUCUCUCUUGUUCUCUAGUCUAUUUCUUCAUGUAGGUUACUUGACUUGUUUUUGUGGUUGGUUGGCGGGUGCUCUGGUGUGGUUUGCUCCUUCUUUCCUAUCAAACAUUUCGUCCUUAUCUCCCCUCCUUCUUUUUUGUGUAUGUUACUCUCUUGUAACACAUCUAUUCUUCUGCACUUAUAUGACCUUAUUGCGUUGCAAGUGCCGUAAAACUCUUACUAAAGCAGACUUGUUUUGUGCCUGCCUUACAGAGACAUAACGGAGGAAAAGAAACUAAGAAUUAUUAUUUACAAAAUACUGUGUUAAAUUUUUAGGCUUGUUCUAAAUGUAUCCGUUCCUUACUUCUCAAGAUCUCUUUUUCUGUUUAAAGAGACGACGUGUCUUUUAUUAAGUUUACUUAUAAAUGAUAAUUGAAAUGAUCAGCAAAA